AUGGCCGAGGCAUUGUUUUUGAUCCGUGUAUUUGGCCCUUCCUUCCUAUUCGUCAUUCGGACGCCGGUAGACGUUGCAGGUCUUGGAUGGAUCGACCGCGAAGCUGCUUCCAGACGAAGGGUCAUAUGUCAGAAAUUGCGAAUGCGCUCUGUUGGCUGUAAAUGGAAUCCAACAAACUUACCACCAACAUUCGGUGCGUCAAAUGCAACAGAUGGCCGAGCAGGCCGAGUUUCCGUUCUCACUUCUGGCCCGGGUCCUCUGUUCUCGGAGCGUCUCUCAGCUGAUUUCCUUUUCCUCCGCAGGAUUCUCUUGAUCCUGCUCUUCAGCUUCUGGAAUGUGCUUGGUGCUAGGUUAUCGUCAAUUUAG